GGUCACUGAGCAAACUCCUCCCUUUCUUCUGCUGGGAAUAAAAGACAACAUGGGCGAAUCUUCAGAAGCUCUGACUUCGAGUCGCUUCUUGCUUCUUGGGAAGAUGCAGCUGCUCCUGAUCCUGUUGGCCUUCUUUCUGCUCCCCAGAGCACAGGCAGGAGAGAUCAUCGGGGGAAAUGAAGCCAAACCCCACUCCCGCCCCUACAUGGCUUACCUUAGGAUCAGGCGUGAGAAAUCUUGGAACAUUUGUGGUGGCUUCCUGAUUCAAGAGGACUUUGUGCUGACAGCUGCUCACUGUUUACAGGGCCAAAUAGAGGUCACCUUGGGGGCCCACAACAUAGAGGAACAAGAGGACAACCAGCAGGUCAUCUGUGUACAAAAAGCACUUCCCCACCCAGACUAUAAUAGGAAAAUGGGCAUCAAUGACAUCAUGCUGCUAAAGCUGGAGAAAAAGGCCAAGCUGACUAAAGCUGUGCAGCUCCUCACCCUGCCCAAGGGCAGGACCCAGGUGAAUCCAGGUACCCAGUGCCAGGUGGCUGGAUGGGGAAAUUUGACUCCAGAGGGAACAUACUCAAGAACACUGCAGGAAGUGGAGAUGAUAGUGCAGAAGGACGAGAAGUGUCAGGAGCGCUAUAAAAAGUAUGAUCGUGCUACUCAGAUUUGUGUGGGAGACCCAAAAAUUAAAAAUACUUCGAUUAAGGGUGACUCCGGAGGCCCCCUGGUGUGUAAUAAUGUGGCACAGGGCAUUGUCUCCUAUGGAUCAAAAAAUGGAACAACACCACGUAUCUUUACCAAAGUCUCAUGUUUUCUACGCUGGAUAAAGAAAACCAUGAAACAUAGCUGACAGCUCACAGCAAAGUAAAUCCCCUCUAUCAGCAAUCAUCUUACCUGGAUCUGCGUCUAGAAUCACUCUAGAACAGAUACCAGCAACUAAAUAAAUGUUUCAUCUCAGUGGAAGGCUA